AUGGAGUGCAUGCGUGAUCAGCUUCAGGCAGGUGUUGUACUCCACGGCCGAUAUGAAACUAUCUCUGCGCUCAACCAUGGCUCCUUCGGUAUGGUCUUCCAGGCCAAGGACCUCGUGACUGAGGAUCUUGUUGCCAUCAAGGUUGUCACCAAGCCUUCCGCCGCCGCUAACUGCCCGUCUGCUUUCGCCGUCGAUGAGCGUUCUGAGGAGCUUGGUGUCCACCUUCGCCUUGGCAACCACCCCAACGUUGUCAACCUCCUUCAGUCCUUUGAGACCCAGAACCACAUCUAUCUGGUGUUGGAGUACUGCUCCAAUGGCGACCUUUACGAGGCCAUCCGCUUCGACAAGGGCCCCCUGGAGACCGAGCACGUCCGCGACUUCAUGAUGCAGCUGGUUGGCGCCGUUGAGUUCAUCCACUCCAAGGGUAUCUACCACCGCGACAUCAAGCCUGAGAACAUCUUCCUUACCCAGGAUGGCUCGAUGAAGCUUGGCGACUUCGGUCUCGCUACCUCCGACGCCUGGUCUUGGGAAAUCGCUGUUGGCAGUGACCGCUACAUGGCUCCUGAGCAGUACGAUCCUACCAAUGCUGGCUACUCCACUGCGAAGGCCGACAUCUGGGCUAUUGGCAUCUGCCUGCUCAACGUGCUCUUCCAGCGCAACCCCUUCGCCGUCCCAUCGUCUUCGGAUCCUCUCUACGCCGACUUCGCUCUCGACCGUCAGAGCCUCUUCGAUGUCUUCCCCAACAUGUCUCAGGACACGUUUGAGGUUCUCGCGCACUGCUUGGCCAUCGACCCGGAGAAGCGUGACAUCAACGCAGUCAAGGAUGCCCUUACUCGUGCCAUCACCUUCACCACCGAUGACGAGGCUCUCGACGAGUUCUGUACCGAGGAGCGUGAGCCGUUUGCCGUUGGCGCCAACCGUGAGCCACUUCGUACUCCUUCUAUCAGCACCCCGUCGCUCGACAAGGGUGGUUCAUUCCCUUGGGCCAAGGCUCUCGCCAUGUCUCCGCCGCAACAGUUCCGUCAGCUUUCGGUCAUCCCAGACACUGAGAUCUACUCCGACGACUUGUUCCCCGCUUCUGAUUAUGCCGUGAAGCCCGAGCAUGCCUCCGCCGUAUCUUUUGUGGACUCCGGUUUGGGCUUAUCUUUCAAAUCGACUGACGUCACUGAACGUACCGAACGCGAGCCAAUCAGCUUCACGCGAUCCAAGCCUAUGCCUAUCUCUGGCUCCCUCCCUGCCAAGCCUUUUAACAGCAUGUCGUCUGUCUUCGGUAAGAAGCGCGACGUCUUCUCUAAGAGCUGGAGUGACUUGUGGGAGGAGGAAGACGACGAUGCGCAGUUCAUGGCUGAGCUCGAGAACAACUUCCACAGCUUCAAGGCUGAAAAGCCAGCGAAGCAGGUUGUUUCUGAGGCUGGCUCUGGUGUCUCCACUCCUCGCGGCGGUUUGUCGGAGGUGAAGAACCCUGCUACUGUUCACAAUAGCAGGGGUCGUUCGCCGACGAAGCGCCGCGAAGUCGAUCACGUCAGUGAGACCACUGGCUUCAUCUUCGAGGAGCACCAAACGCCUGCACACGCGCGACACUCGCCUCCUACCAAGCGCUCUGGCAUGGAUAAGUGGGCCGCUCUUGGUGAUCGUCGCCGUGGUCAACCCUCGCCAACCAAGGAGGCCGCGCCCGUGACUCCGACCAAGCCCAUUAAGUCGCCCAAACAAGCUCAACCAACCCCGAACUCUGCCCGGAAGCGGAGCCGGACUGGUACUUGGAGACGACCGAUCAACUGGGGUCCAAGCCAGCAUGAGAACAUCCCCAAGGUUCCUGCGGUGGACAACAAGUACAAGAGCAUGGAAUGGCGCCAUUACAACAGUCCUCCCCUCGUUGUGGACGACGACAUUGGCGACCUUGAGUGGGUGUGGUAG